UUCUGAAGCGUGGACGUGUCGCACAUACACUCCCAACAGGCUAUACAUAUAGUAUCUAGGGGCUUCGACCUAUACCAGCACAAAGAGCAGCAUAGGUACAGUGAAUUCCGUGAAGACCUGCUCUCGCCUACAUACAUGUAGGAGCAUAUAGGAGCGAGCCAAACUAUAAAGCGCUCCGUUUUGUUCCAUUGGGAACUGCAUGCUGCUGCUGGUAUAUAUACAAGAAGCGGAGCAAGUGCGGCACGCACGACAUCCAUGCACUUGUCAUUUUGUGGAUGCUGCCGUUUUAACGUUUCAACCAUUCAACUUGCUGUGUGCGCUGUCGACCGAAUUACGCUCUCUGCUGUGGCUACUUCAUCUAUAUGCGAGGUGCACAAAACAGUGAGUGCUGAUUUUACAUAUAGGGGGAAAAAUUGGAUGCUCAAGAGUAUACAGCAUACAGUUAAUACAUUCUAUAUAUUUUAUAGCGGGCUUGCUUGUGUGUGUGGGCGAUCCAACAGACCAUCAACUGUGCGCAAAAUAGCUGUGUGUGUAUCAUAGCCCUCCCUCCCUAUCCCCCCUCUUUUUCUGACGAUUUAUAUAUCGCCUAUACAGCAGACUUUUUAAUAAAUUGAUCGCCCUUUCUAUACUUCUUCUUCGAGUUUCCUGCGCUGCUGCUGCUCCUCCAAACUGCUGUCUCCCCCAUUCGAUUAUACAGAUACGAUCCUCGAGAAGGCGCAGCAGCAAACUCCUGGAAAGCCAACUUUUGAACUCACUUUGAAUCCAAAACUUGAGAGCCCAAUGAAUUAUUGGCAGGGAAGAGACACAUAGUGUGCCGCUGUGCAGUUUUUCUAUAUAGGAAGAGCGACUAUCUAUCCGUGUCUGGCAUGUCACUUGCUUUGUCCAAUCGUUUAUAAAAGUAACUGGCGUCCAAUAAAAAAACAAACUAAAUAUAUAUAGCCUACAUAAAAUAGCAACUGCUGUUAUUCCCAAGAAAAAAAGAAGUUAUAUCGCUGGAGACCCUGCUGCCACCAGUUUGAACGCUAUUACGUGUGCUGUGCGCUUUAUAUACUUUGUGCGUUACAAACCACCAAACUACGUCAAAGCCAAUCAUUGAGAUCCAAAGAAAAGGUGAGCGCGGCGGAAAUGAAUGGGGUUCAUCCGAAAGUCUUGGCCGAGUGCUGGACGACGACCUCAGCAGCAGCGUCGAUCGAGUGCGUUUUAUUGUUCAUCGGAGCCAUCAGCAACGAUGGUUGACUACUGCGGUUGUUUUCCCCUCUAGUUUCGUCUCUUUUGUCCACCACAACACCGGCAGCCAGCAGCUAUAUAGCAGAAGACGAAUUAUUACGACUCAUUUCUUUCAGGAGCGGCUCCUUAUUUGCCGCCCUCUGCAACUUUGCAAGCCAAUCGCUCCAUCGUCAACUCUAAUUCUUCCGGGAAGAAGUUGCGUAUAUCCUCUCGCGUCUAUAAGUCGUCGGCAGCAGCAGCAGCAGUAUAGUAAUACACAGCACACGCAGUGUUGAACGAGUGUCCCGAUCCUACUGAACGAUAGAGCAACGACUUAUUGACUAUAGAGCGCUGACAAUAGUGCCGAGAGAGAACGCGCUGCGAACAAAACAACUGCUUCUCAAGCGUUUCUUUUCGUUCUCUAUCCGCGGGCCUUGUGAACAAUCAGCGUCACCUCUCGUUUUCUAUCCCCGUGCGCGCUGGGUGCUCUUGAUGCUGACGACGACGUGUGCGUGGGGAUUUAUUAUAUAACGUCAGGCUAUAUCAUCAAGAGAACGAUUCACGUGCGGCUGUGCCCUUUCUUGGCACCACCUCAUCAUCGUUGGCUGUGUUGCCUGUUAUAUACAGCCCACCGCAUUCGCUUCUCCAUUUUCUUCCGUUUCUAUAGGAACAACAAGACCGCCGCCGCCGCCGCACUGGUGUAAGGUACAAGAAACAGAAAUCUGACUUAUUAUAGGCGCGCAUAUAAUAGAUCUGACGUAAUAUUGGUGUCAAUGUCAGUCGCCGAGCUGAUCUACUACGCCCGUUUCCUCUUUGCACUUUGAUCUCAACCGCAUCAACCUUUGCUCCGCUUACAUUCUUCUUUCUGUGCUGCUAUAGGCCUAUUAUAGUUUAUACGGUUUCUCAUCACAUCCGACUAUCGAAGAUAUAUUUAGGUGAAACUUUUUGGGGAAAAUCAUUGAUUCCAGACAUUUGGUGAUCGCCCAGCAAACCGACAGCUAUCAACCAAAAGUGAGAAGAAACGCGGUGACAAAAAUAUAUUGCUGGGCACUUAAGUCUAUCAGUGUCGAGACGAGUGGACGACUGGAAAAAGAAGAGACGCAGCACAGCAUAUGGCGUCUCAUCCAUCGUUGAUGUCAUAAUUGGGCGCCAAACUCUCUUAUGGUGCGAUCACAGGAAUAACCUGACUGCUGAGAAAAUAAUAAAAAACAAAAAACAAAAAAGAAUCAAGAAAAGAAGAAGGAAAAGUGACCAUCGUCGUCUCUUUGCUGCGCUGCUGCUUUCUCCUGUUCUCCUUCAAUAAGGAUCUUCUCCUCACUCUUUUCAUCUUUCGCCGCUGCUGCUGCCCUAUAUACUCCUUAUAUAUAUAUAUAGACACACUCUGUUGUUGGCUCUCUUCCGUCAGAAAAUGGAGUGGUUCGGAUUAGUCUUUUUCCUGUACUCAGCUUCCGGACAUCUUAGCUCGGUCUCGUCCGCCAGCAACUCACUUUAUGGUUCGGGUGAUGUGAUUCCAGUGAAAGGACGAGGUCCAAAUCCGGCACAAGAACAUGAAGGACCGCAACCUUAUUUCGACAUUGACUUCCAGCGUAACGUUACAGCUAUUUCUACACAGACAGCAUUUCUACACUGCAGAGUCAAGGAUUUAGGAUUAAAAGCUGUAUCAUGGAUAAGGCAGCGUGAAUUAAAUGGCAUCGUCCGACCUGUAAUAUUGACAACGGGAUUAUUUACUUAUACGUCCGAUCAACGAUUCAGCGUUUUGCAGCGUCCAAUGACUGAAUACUCUUCACCCACAACAGUGAUAGACCGAAGUUUAACAGAUUGGGUAUUACAAAUCAAAUUUGUUCAACCACGAGACGCAGGCAUCUACGAAUGUCAAGUCAGCACAGAGCCACGUAUAUCAGAAAAUUUCCACUUAAAUGUUGUUGAAUCUAAGGCAAAAAUGAUUGGUCCAGCCGAUGUUUACGUAAAACAAGGCAGCACUCUGGGACUCACCUGUCUCGUAAGCCAAGCAGUGGAGCACGCAACUAUUUUCUGGUACCACGACCUGAAUGUUAUUGACGAAAGCCAAUCAAUAGUACGGAUUGACCAGCACUUUGACUCCACUAUUGCUACCAUGACAAGCCGUUUACGUAUAAACAACUUGCAGUCAGCACAUUCUGGAAAUUAUACAUGUCUGACAACCGCUGCCGAUCCAGCAUCAACCAUGGUUCAUGUAAUUAAUGGGGAGCAUCCAGCUGCGAUGCAACACGGUAACACAGGAAUGUCACACAAACUUUGCGUUUCAAAGUGCUGGAUUUCUUUAUCAUUGCGUGUUGUUAUUGAAUUGUUAAUUUCUGUCGUAACAUAUAACUAUUAUAGAUAGUGUGUAAAGAGGAUGGGAAGCUAAGUUACAUCAUGAAUAUUGUGCGUAAUAUUUUUUCUUUUUUACAAUUAAUUUAUGCUACCUCCUUGAAAUAAACUGUCUUUUCUGCAUCUGCAAUGUACACACUAUUACUUCUGUGUCCAAUAUUGAACUAUAUAUAUUUGUAGACUUAAUACAAAAUGUGAGUUUAUCGUUA